CGCAAAAAGCGAGCGAGCGAGCGCCCGCACGCCACGACCCACGAGAGCGAUCGACGGAUCGGCCGAUGCGGAGGACCUAGCAGCGGGCGCCGCCCCGCCCGCCGCGACCUCCAUCUGCACCAGCGCCGCACGCCACGGCCAGUCGCCAGAUGAUGAAGGAUGCCAAGUGGCCGCACGCGGCGGCGAGCGUCGGUGGGAGGCGAGGGCCGGGCCCCUCCGCCGCCUCAUCAUCAUCCGCCGCGGGGCCGUCGUACACCCUCCUCGCGUCCUCCCCGCCCACCACCGCCAGCAACGACGGCUGCUCGCCGCACUACCCUCCCGCGCCCGCGUCCGACGACGACGGGCCCUCCUCGUUCGACGCGUCCGUCGCUGCCGCGAAGCUUCCGUUCCAGCACCAGCCGCACAGGAACAGCCCCCAACUCGGUGUCGCGGAUUGGCUGCGGCUGCAGCGGCAGUCCAGCGGGAGCAGCGUUGGGGCCGACGACGGCGAGGUAUCCUCCACCGUCUCCUCCACCUUGGCCAACGCCGCAGAGUACAGGGACAACAAGGGCGACGCGGACCGCCCGCCGAGCAGCAGCAGCAAGAGCUGGGCGCAGCAGGCGGAGGAGGCCUACCAUCUCCAGCUGGCCCUCGCGCUCCGCCUCUGCUCCGAGGCCUCCUCCGCCACGGACCCCAACUUCCUCGACUCCUCCACCGCCGCCGCCGCCGACCACCUCCAGCACAUUGCAUCGCCUCAAUCCCUCUCCCACCGCUUCUGGGUCAACGGCAGCUUGUCCUACUCCGACAAGGUCCCGGAUGGCUUCUACCUCAUCCAGGGGAUGGAUCCCUUCAUAUGGACGCUCUGCAACGACGUGCACGACGGCGGCCGCGUCCCCUCCAUUGAGUCUCUCAAGGCUGUCAAUCCCACCGAUUCUGCCAUCGAGGUGGUCAUCGUAGAUAAAGUAGCGGACUAUGACCUGAGGCAGCUGAUAAGCAUGGCCAUUGACGUUUCUCGGAACCGUGCCGACUCCAAGGAGAUCGCCACUCGACUCGCUGCCGUCGUGUCCACAAAGAUGGGGGGAUCACUAGCAGCUACCGAGGAACACGAGCUGGGUCCCCGGUGGAGAGACUCUGUUGGGUUCCUGAAGAUUAGCUCAGGGUCUGUUGUACUUCCCAUCGGAAAGUUAUCAAUUGGCUUUUGCUGCCACCGAGCAUUACUGUUCAAGACCCUGGCGGACUCCAUCAAUCUGCCCUGUCGCAUUGUGAAGGGAUGCAAAUACUGCAAAGCUGGUGCUGCCAAUUCUUGCUUGGUGCGCUUUGGUCAUGACAGGGAAUAUCUAAUUGAUUUAAUUGGGAACCCAGGAUUCUUAUCUGAACCUGACUCCCUCUUGAAUGGACUAUCAUCCAUCUCUGUUUCUUCACCAUUGCGCCCACCAAAACAUGACUCAGCUGACAUUUCUGAUAAUUUUAAGUUGUUGGCCAAGCAAUAUUUCCGUGAUUGUCAAUCGUUAAAUCUCAUGUUCAGUGACCCAGCAGCUGGAACGGUUAUCGACUUAGAUGAGGCUAUGGGAUCAAAUCUAGGUCCAAACUCAUCACAUGCAACAAACAGUGAUUGUCAAGCUACCUUUAAGGCUGGUACUCAACGCGGUAGUCAAGAUGGGAAUUUUAUAAUGCAGAGGAGUUCCCCAGAGGAUACUCAAUCUGGACUAAGUGAUCCCUUUAGCGAUAUGUCCCUUGAGAUAGAAGACUUGAUUAUCCCAUGGAGUGAGCUUGUUCUGAAAGAGAAAAUUGGUGCAGGUUCUUUUGGUACUGUGCACCGUGCAGAUUGGAAUGAUUCGGAUGUCGCAGUAAAGAUUCUAAUGGAGCAGGACUUCCACCCAGAGCGUCUCAAAGAAUUUUUGAGAGAGGUUGCAAUUAUGAGAAGUUUGCGUCAUCCGAACAUCGUUCUUCUUAUGGGUGCUGUCACUCAGCCACCUAACCUUUCAAUUGUGACUGAAUACCUGUCAAGAGGUAGCCUGUACAGACUUUUACACAGGCAUGGUGCAAGGGAAAAUCUGGAUGAGCGGCGCCGCUUGAGUAUGGCUUUCGACGUGGCAAAAGGGAUGAAUUAUCUUCAUAAGCGUAAUCCUCCAAUAGUCCACCGGGAUCUAAAGUCUCCAAACCUGUUGGUUGACAAAAAGUACACUGUGAAAGUCUGUGACUUUGGUCUCUCCAGAUUGAAGGCAAACACAUUUCUGUCUUCCAAGACUGCAGCAGGGACUCCUGAGUGGAUGGCGCCAGAAGUUCUUCGUGACGAGCCCUCAAAUGAGAAGUCUGAUGUCUACAGCUUCGGUGUUAUCCUAUGGGAGAUUAUGACAUUGCAGCAGCCAUGGAGUAAUUUAAAUCCAGCACAGGUCGUAGCAGCUGUUGGUUUCAAGGGACGAAGGCUUGAUAUCCCAAGCAGUGUUGAUCCGAAAGUGGCGGCAGUAAUUGAGUCCUGCUGGGCCAGAGAACCCUGGAGACGACCCUCUUUUGCCAGUAUCAUGGAAUCCCUGAAACCUCUCAUCAAGACAUUACCACCCAAUCAACUACUGGAGGAAAAUUAGUUACACUUCGCAAAAACUUCAACAUCCAGUAGACACGAGCUUCUGACAGCUGAGUCAGCAUAGGUGAUUCUCAGUAUUUAUUAAGAAUAGAGGUUCCAGUUAUUCUUUAUAUUAUCAUUUGUGUAUCAAAUUUAUUCAGAUUAUAAUAGAUCCUACAAACUGCCGCACUUGUCAUAUUCAUCAAGAAAGCGGAUUUCAUGACAUCAUACUACUCCCUCCAUUCCAAAUUAGAUUGGGAUGUUUUCUUGUUCCAUAAUGGGAUAAAUUCAACCUUUGCUUUGGAUCGCAGAUCUUCAAAUGCCCAAGAGUUGUUACUUUGGAUUAGUGGCUUAGGAUAUAUGGAUGUAGUCAUGUUAUGGGCUGUAUGUAGCAACUAGUUGUACCAAAAAUGUUAAGUUGAUGGAGAAAUGUUCACUUAUAUUUUUCACUGAUGAUUUAUGAGGAUCCAGUGGUGGAGCUAGGAUUCCCAAGUUGGGUAUUCCCAACAUAUAAAA